GCGCAGCGGGACCAGGUCUUCAGGUCCCCUCCCUCGCUGUCAGUGCUGUCAUAUUGUGUGAGUGUAGUAGCUCAUGGAGAGUGCAGCUGGAGAAGCCCGAACAUUACUGCACUUUAGUUAGUGUAGUUAAAUUAAUUUUAAUUAGCUCAAGCUAUUUUCUUAACACGCACAGUUGCACAUUUCUUACUACUUCACCUGUGUGUGUGAUGUAGACACCUCUCCGGUAAGAAGGGAACUCAAUUGAAAAGCUAGCAUGCUGGCUAGCUUGCUAGCAUAUUACCUAUAGCUGCCUAGCGGUCUGCAACAUACAUGUUUGCCUCUUCCUCGCUUCCAGUCUGCUAGGUAUGUCGAUAUGGCACAAAGGAAAGAAGUAUUUAAAUCAAAAGUCCUCCAGAAGCUUUACCCUGCAGCUCCCAAAUUGGAGAGGGAACCCAGCCCACCACGCAUUGUAGAGGCUGUAGCCAAGAAAACCUAUGUAAAGCGAAAAGCCUCUCAAGAGGACACUGCUGCUGGAGAUGUAGGGCAGACACAGAGUGCAGCCAAUCCCCACAGGCGGGUGUACACAGUCCUACUUCCUCCUGCAGACUACAAGACACAUUCCGAGAAAUCUGUCACCGUCCCCCAACUGGAAAGCAUAAACAAUGCCGAGGACCCAGCUGAAGAGAGCGUCCAUGAGAGCAAUGAAGAACUAGACCAAGAUAAAGAGCAGGAAGAACAGAAAAGAAAAAGAAGAAGAAGGAAAAGAAAGAAACCAACUCUUCAUCAAGACUUUGGGCAAGAUGGUGCAGCUCCAGGGAAUGAGUCCAGCGGAGGCCAGAGCCAGACGACUGUGGAUGAGGGUGGAGAGCACAUUAGCAGGAACAAGAAGAGGAAGCUGAAAAAGAAACGGCACAAAGAGAAGCUGCUCUCCAUGGGGGUGAUGCCCCGAGCUGCUGCCCUGGAGUUCACAUACCAAAAAGAUGGGAAUGAGGAGGAGGAGGAUAACGAGAGGAGAGCUGCUGAGAUGUCAGACUUCCUCAGGACAACGCUGGAAAUCUAUAUGUCAGAUUCCUCAUUGCAUGUAGACAAGGUUCCUCUCCUGUCUGGCACAGUGGAUGGUCUUCUGAGCCACAUAUCCAGUGGAUGUAAGCCCAACUCUGUCCUCAAGCAGCUCUCUAGUCUGAAGGCCUUUGUUCAACAGAAAGACACAGACAAACUGGAAAAGGCACUGAAGGAGCUCUAUAACAACUCCUGUAUGUCUGCAGAGGAAACCUCCGCAGUCAUUUCACUGUUCCAAUACUGGAUCACAGACAUUCUUCCCAUGCAGGGAGACAAGAAGACAGGUCUUUCUACAACACACACAUGAGACUGUCAGUCACACUAAAACAGAGCUGUCCUGAAAGAUUAAUAUCUACCACUAGAUCUUGAAAAUAUCUUCUUUAUUACACUGCACUGUAGAAUGUUUGACUCAUCAUGAUGCUAUAUCAGAUUUUUAUUAUUAAA